UCUGGCACUGUGUGCUUGGCUCUGCCCCAGUACACCACACUCUGGGUAUCCUCACACUCAGGAGGACCUCCUCACCAUCCAGCUACCUGUCACACCAAGCUAAGCCUCAUCUGACCCUGACACUCAGCACCAAGCGGGAAAGGAGAGAAGAAGACGAAUAUCAAGAAGAAGAAGAAGAAGAAGAAGAAACAUAUUACAGCACCCAGAGAAGCAGAGAAGAAGAAGAAGUCUGUGUGUUAGUGCUGGCGAGUGAAAAUGGUCCUGUGGAUUGCCCUGCUGAUGUCUCACUAUUGUUUGGGUAUGAAUGGAGCUGCAGCAGAAAGCACAGGACUGGAGAGGAUAGAGACAUGUGGCACCAGGUGUUCUCAGGGUCUUCACUGCAGGACCAAGCCAGACAAUUGGUUUCCACCUGCGUGUCAGAACCCCGCUGAAGGUCUCAACUCCUCCUCAGUCUUCCACAACAUCAGCCUCUCCACAGUCAUGAGUUGUGAGAGGAGGCAGAAGUGCUCGCUACACCUCAGAAUCAAAACCACAUUACAACGUACUGAGUCCAUCCAUGGCGUGUCCAUCUGCACCGUCACUGCAGGGAUGAUGGCUGACUGCCGAAUGAUCAGCUUCAGGAGAGAGUCGAGAGAAAGAAUAUCUGGAAAGCAGGUGGAAGUUGAGAAUGAUUGCGCUGACAUUUCUGCGAGCCAACACGUGCAAGUAACAGUGAAAACAGUGCCGAGCUACUGCGGCGUAACCUGGACAGGCACCUAUGAUGCUCCAGAAUGCAUCAGUGAAGAUUUGCGAAGACACGUCCCAGAAUGCAUCACUGGCAGGCUGUCAUAUGAUGUAAACCCACAGAGGAAGGAGCUGAGCGUCAGUGUGUCAGACAUGCUGGAAGAUCACGACUACUACCUCCGACUGUGUCAUAAGGAUUUCAUCUGCGUUGGCACAGGGGCCAGUGCACUGAUGAAGAAGGGGGAACCCGUAAAGAGCGCCACCCUCCCCUACUCCCGACCUUUGCCCUGCCUCUGCAUCGAGGGAUGGUCAGCCAUGAUGGACGCCCCCAGAGUCCAGGUCUGCCCCUUCAAAGACCGUCUCGAGGAGCUGUGGUUUGGAAUUAACUUUGACCCACUUGAGGAGACGCUUUCAUGGGAGUCCGCCUGUCCAGUGGCUGCUGUCGUCGCGUUGUGUCAGAAAAGAGAGGACAACGUCUGCGUGGAUCUGCCUCACGCCUCAAGGAAUGUCAGCAGAGAAAAGAUAACAUUUUCCAAAGUGGAUCCACACCCUCAGCUGUGCAUGAAGUUCUCUGCAGGCUCUCAGUCCUGGACCCGGUGCCCCUUUGCUGAUACCAGAUUCAAAGCAUGGGAGGUGGUUGUGACGAGACGACAGGGUCAGGAAGACGUGAAGAUGUUGUCACAGAUAACCGCAACGUUUUCUGUGGGGCUGUGUGUGAGGUCUGAAGGGUCCACAAUGUGCCAGAUCACCGACACAAACACCGUGCAUGUGGAGAAACAUAAAGCUGUCGACUUAAACCUGGCAUGGGAACAAUGUGACUCUUGUCUCCAGGUGAAGAGGCUCGAUGUGAAGUUUGGCGCCACAGUCAUUCACUGUUUUGAGCAAUGCAAUGAAACAUCACCCCUCAGACCCGUCAUCUCCGGUCGAGCCUCUUGGGACUUGACUUGGGUCGUCGUACCUGCUGCCGUUUGCGUCUCUGGCAUCAUAACAAUCACUCUGGUGCUCCACGUACUGUUAACCGUGUAUCGGAGGAGGAAACAAAAAAUAAAUGGAGGCUGUAUCUCUGAAAAGCAAACAGCUCCUUCUUCUGACUGUGUAGUCCCUGUAUUUGAAACUCAACCUGCUCUCCAUGGACGGUUCCUCAUACCUGAUUCACCGCAGUGUGGGAACACCGAGAAGGCCAACUUAAUCUCUGACUGACCAAAGAACGGUGCUCCCGUCAAAAGUGUAACUUGUAAUGUGUAGCAUAAAACUGUAAAGUUGUUACACAAACCAAACGAGUUCUCUGUUAAAUACAGCGUACAAUGUUGGCACAGAAAUUUCAAAUGUUAUGUAUGUUACUGUAUAUUUGCUUGGUAUAGUUAGUGGCUGUUGUUUAUGUAUUCUGUUUGUCUGUUUGGGUGAGAGUUAACGCGUAUAUUGUCAUUUUUUGAAAUUUUAAAUAUUCAUUCAGCUUGCAGCUAAACAGUCAGUUCCCAUUCUUAUUUAAGUUAAUAUUUUCAAUAAAAAAAUGCAAAAUAUGAAA